GAAGAAAAAAAGGUCCUGAUUUUAGUUUUCCAGAACGCGCCCGCCGCUUGCGCAAGCCGCGUCUCGAUGCAGAGGCUGCGCGCGAGAGUAUGUGUGCGCCUUCCUGAGGGAGACGGAAAUCGGGUUUAACUUGGGAUUUAACUCGUGUUUCGUGUAAUUUGGGAUAUAUAUGAUUAACCGCGAUUUUCUGAACCGAAUGGAUGCGGGAAUGAUGCCUCUCCGUGUCGGGAGUUCCUUUCUGUGCCUCUUUGUAGCGGUGAUGAGCUCUGUGAUACAUACCAGCUUCUCCCUGCCUCAUUACGGAGACGCCUUGGUAAAGACGAGGGCUCGGCGUGAUGUCGCCAGGUUCCUCGGGAGAGAGAACACGGUACCGGUCCGCUUGGUGUACCGAGUGGAUGGAGACAGUCAGGCCGCUCAUGAUGUUCUCAACACACGGCUUCGAUUGAGAUCUGACAGUAAACAGACAGUGGAAAAGUUCUUCAGUAAGGAGAUCAAGUAUUUUGUGUCCAGUAAGCCGGAGGCUCGUUAUGCCCAGCGUCUCCUUCCGGACUCUCCUGCGCCCAGUCCAGAUUCAGGCAUCAGCUCUCCUCAUCCCAGCAGCAAGAGGGAAAGCCGUGUGCACAGGGGCAACUCUCAGGGAGUCACGGAUACGGAACGUGUUCAGAUGAAUGGAAUCUUGGCCAAUGCUGUGGAAUGGGGAGUCAAAGUCCUGCAUGUUGACGCUGAAAGAAUUUGUCGUCCAUUUGUGAAAGUAGAAGACUCAAGCAGGCAUUAUUGUCCCAUCUACCUUCCCCUGUCCAACACGCCUGUGUGCAACCUCCGAUCUAUUCCACCUUGCUGUCCAUUCCUGAUGGAUGAAUAUGGAAAAGAAGAUCCAAAGAGACCAAAAGAGCAAAGGGUGAAAUGCAGUACAUCAACCCCUGUUCUGUGUGCUGUAGCAAUGUUGCCUGUAAAGGAAGAUGUGGGAUCUGUAAAUGGUGAUUGGAAACAGGAAAGCAACGGGUCUUUGCUUUGGAGCUCUACAGCAAGGCAACCUCUUUCAGAACAGACCAGAGAAAAACCUCUGUCAGUUCGCAAACGCAGCAGAGGCCAGUGUGAAUUCCCUCUGAACAACAGGGACAGCUUUUUCGACCAAUCCGAUGUUCCUGAGAAGUCCCAGUCUAAGCGUGGAUCCUUUGAGUGGGAAUUCCACUCGCAAUCUGUUGUGCGGAAAUCUGAAGGUGCAUCUUUUCUCAGCAGAGAGCAGAACUGUGACUCUAAUGCACCUGAAUGCAGGACAGACCAACAAUCCAGGACAAACCCUGACAUGUGCACAGCUCAACAGUUCAGUGAAAGAAACCGAGAAUCAUUAACGGCAUUUGAGUGCUUUAGGACUAACUCCUGUGAAGUUUAUUUGCAAAGUAUGCCAGAAAAUCAAGUUGAAAAUUCAGCUCUUUGGCCUUUAGGCAGCACAGAACCCGAACCGGACCCCGAUAGCCCCACUAAUUCACUGCAACGGAAGGUUCGGAAUGUCAGAUCCAGAAGAAGAAAGCAAGUACCAGCCUUGCACAUCGAAUCUAGUAAAGAGAGAGAAUCAUUGAGCUCUCUUACACCUGUUAAACCUGUACUGGAGUGCGAGAACCCACCUGGUUAUCUCCUGGACCUGUGGCAGCUCUUUCAGUCCAGUGACCACAUGGAUGAAGAUUUUAAGGGUUUUUGAGAUUAAAGCUAGAGGAGUAGAGGAAUUUAACACAUAUGUAUGUGUUGUAAAAGUUAUUACUGUGCCAAAUAAUAUGUAGUAAUAAAUCUGUUUUCUUUCAUCAGUACGAUGGAAAACUGCAUUCUUACUAUACAGGCUUUAAAAGAAAACUUGUAGACUGAAAAAUACCUACUGACUUUAUACAGUAAAAAAAUGAGUGGAGAUACUCCGCAUGUACAUUUGAUGAGUGGAUGUAAUUGAAUGAUAUAACAGCAUCAGCUUUUCUUAAAAUGUUUUCCUGGUUCCUGUAUUAAAUUGCAAA